AUGUCAGGCAAAGAAAUUCUGCGACACUCAUCCUAUAUUCUGCUUGAAGAACUGAACCGCCAUGCCAAAGCCAAAGCUGAUGCUGCUAAAGUGCAAUCUGCAUCUGCAUUACUUAGUCAGCAAAUGCAAAAAAAUGAAAAGAUUGAUGGUCUGGCUUCAAUAGUUGGUACCUUGGUGCAACAUCUUCCUACUUUACUUUCCGCUCCAUUCACUACCUCGGGGUUGCACUCUAUGUCUUUAUUGGAUUCCAACCUUCUCUCCACAUUCAGGCCUGUAUCUAUGCAGAUGAAACUUCGAAUUGAGGAAUCCAAUUCGAGGGGCAACAACAAUGGGAUCAUAACUGAAACUGCUAUAGAUCAAGAACCUGUGGCCGGGAAAAAUGGUAGAUCUCUGGUUGAAGCUGGCAACGGAAUUACGAAGGGCAAGGAUGGUGAGGAGACUGAUGAGCCUAUGCAAGAGACAUGUGGUUUUUAUGUGGGCAUGAAGGACAAUGUUGUCAUAGCUGAUGCAGAGGACUUGGCAGGUCAUCGUCGCUCUUUGGCUUCCACUCAGGCUGAGGUAGUGAAUGUUGUAUCUCAUCCAAAGGUCUCCGCUGAGGAUUCUCCUGUGGAAAAGGGCAUCACUACAAUCAAGAUUGCUCAUGGGCGGUCGCUUAACUUCAAGAGUGCUGACAUCCGUGACCCUUGCCCAAUAUCAUUUGCGACCAACAUUCCCCAUCUUGAAUGUGCAUGGGAUGAUGAAGGCCCAAACUGGGACCCUGCCGACUGCGGUGUUAACCUUUUUUCAAUUAACGGCACCCCUAUCGCCCUUCGGUACUGGCCAGAAUUUGUUGUUGAACGAUAUUGCUCAAGUACCGCUGAUACUUUUUGGAAAGAGUUUUCUUCUGCAGAUGGGAAACUUUUCAACUGGAAGAGGAUAUGUGAGACAUUGCGGGUUCAACAAGCUGCGCAUGAGCAGAAUAUUGUAGACAGGGCAAAAGCGGAGUAUGGUGCUGACUUCGAUAAAAUCUUUGUGAAUUGUGGAAAGGUAUUAACUGAUAGAACAGCUAUUGCUUGUCGCUAUUUUGAAAAACAUACCAUGGACCUCAAUUAA